GGCCACAAACCCUCUUUCCCCUUUCGACGCCCAAUCCCAAACCCUCAAAAACCUCAAAUCUCUCUCACGCACACAGGGGAGGUGGAGAUGGAUUCGGAUCAGGGAAAGCUUUUCAUUGGCGGGAUUUCGUGGGAGACAACGGAGGACAAGCUCCAAGACUACUUCUCUCAUUACGGAGAAGUUUUGCAGGCUGUGGUGAUGAGAGACAAGAUCACUGGCAGGCCUAGAGGCUUUGGAUUUGUUGUCUUCGCUGAUCCUGCUGUCCUUGAUGCGGUUCUUCAGGACAAGCACACCAUCGAUGGUAGAACGGUUGAGGCAAAGAGGGCCUUAUCCAGAGAGGAGCAGCAAACGUCUGGAAGAGCAGGAAACUUCAAUCCUCCUAGGAACAGCGGAGGUUCUGGAAAUGUUGGGACCAAGAAAAUAUUUGUUGGAGGGCUGCCUCCCACUCUGACAGAAGACGGAUUUCGUCAGUAUUUUGAAGCCUAUGGCCAUGUAGCAGAUGUAGUUAUAAUGUAUGACCAGAAUACUCAACGUCCUCGUGGAUUUGGAUUCAUUUCUUUUGAUUCUGAAGAUGCAGUUGAAAGAGUUUUACAUAAGACCUUUCAUGAUCUGAAUGGUAAGCAAGUUGAAGUUAAGAAGGCUCUUCCUAAAGAUGCCAAUCCUGGUGGAGGUAACCGUUCCAUGGGGGGUGAUGGUGGUGGCAGUUACCAGGGAUAUGGUGCUUCUGCCGGUAACACAAGUAGUUAUGAUGGUCGAAUGGAUUCCAGUAGGUACAUGCAGUCUCAGAGUACUGGAGGGGGUUAUCCAUCUUAUGGCUCUUCUGGGUAUGCUGCACCUGGCUAUGGCUAUGGUCCUGCCAAUAAUGGUGUUGGCUAUGGUGGUUAUGGCGGUUAUGGUAGUGCCAAUAGUGGAUAUGGUGGGCCUGCUGGGGCAGCCUAUGGUAACCCAAACAUUGCAGGUGCUGGUUAUGGGAGUGCUCCCGCUGCUGCUGCUAGAGCUUCAUGGAGCAAUCAAGCUCCCUCUGGUUAUGGUGCUAUGGGCUAUGGGAGUGCUACUCAAUGGGGUGCUCCUGGUGCUGGCAGUGGUCGUCCAGGUUCAGAACCUGCUGGACAAUCUCCUAGUGCAGCUGCGGGUUAUGGGAAUCAAGGUUAUGGGUACGGUGGUUAUGGUGGAAGUGAUGGAUCUUAUGGGAAUCCAUCUGGUUAUGGUGCUGUUGGUGGGCGUUCUGGGAGUACUCCAAACAGCAAUGUUAGUGGUGGUGGGGUUGAUGCACAAGGCAAUGGUGGCAGCUACAUGGGCAGUGGCUAUGGUGAUGCCAAUGGGAAUUCAGGGUAUGGAAAUUCUGGGUGGAGGUUUGAUCCAUCUCAAGCAAAUGGUCCCCAUGCAACACAGGUUGGUUAUGGGAGUGGCUAUGGUGGUGGUCAGUCUCGGCAAGCUCAACAACAGUAAAUUUCAAGAAUUUCAGGCCAGCUGGAACCUCGUCUUUGUUACAUUGAACCUUGUGGUUUCUCUUUUCCAGCGGCGAGGAUAGCAACUCAAGUUGAAUCCCAAUAAGCUUUGGGUCUGGUUGGAUUGCUUGAUUUCCAGUAGUUUCUAGUAUCUAUUUUGAUAGUUUAUAAUAAGUAGUAAUUGCAAGGCGUACUAGGUCUCCCAUUUAAUGUUUUUGAGUGUGGUUCUAAAUUUGGCGUGCUUAUAAUUGUCUACUAGAUCUUAUGAGCUUUUCUUUUUUUGCCGUAGUGUUUAAGCCGUAGUUGCUUAUAUAACUUAAUUUAUGUUAGUUUGAUUGCAAUUAAUUA